CUAUUUUUCUAAAAAAACAAUGAAAUCUAAAAUUCUAAAAGUCUAAAACGUAAAAGACUAUAAGAAAUAUGAGGUUUAUUCCCUUGAAAAUUUACUAAAGCAGUUAGUGGAUGUAGGUAUGGACACACAAUGCACGAUUGAUUUGUCUAGUGUUGACAAUGCUCGUAUCAACAACAACUAGAAGGAGAACUUUUUCAACAAUGAAACAUAUGAAAACUGAUUUCGCAACAAAAUGAAGGAUGAAUUUCUAGCCGAUUGCUAAAGUAUUUUAUUUAAAACAAUGUAUACAAUUGGUAUGGAUGUGGACUCCAUUAUUGAUGCAUUCGCUAAAUUAAAAUACCGUCGUGUACAAUUUAUAUUGUAAAAAAAACUAUAAUAUUUUUUUUAUGGUUCUAAUAUUUUAAUAAAAUGCGGCCCAGUGCUCUUCUGUAUUCUGGAUCCGUCGCUGGUCCGUGCCCAAUUUGUACCAUCUACACAUAAUAUAAUACACCGAAGGGAAAAACGGGAGCCCCAUUUCAAAUUUCCUACAACGAGAGUGAAAGUAGGAAGGACAUUUUGGUCUUCACAAUUACUUUUUUUUAUUCAUUAAAAGGUAUGUACUGGGAUUCGAACCAUGACCAUUUUAAAGAAAGGCAAGGAUCAUAACCAAUCACACUAAGUACAUUUGUUGUAUCCUUUUAAAUUAAAAACAUAUAAUAGCAGGGUGGAAAAAACUCUUCCCCCAUUUCAAAUUCCCUGUUCUAUGAGCGUUUGUAGGAAGGGUUAAAUAGGGAGUGUCAAUUUUUUUUCUUUCCUCUAUGGAACGGGCCAACUUACCGUACACAUGCGGAUUUAAACGAGUCAAGGAGUGUCAAUUUUUUUCUUUAUACCCUUUUAUUUAUCCGUGGUGAUAAAAUAUAUAUGAAAAGGCAAAAAUAAUACUCCUUUUUAUUGUUAAAAUUAAAAAAUUUAACAAUAGACUAAUGCAUGGUAUCUAAUGGGCUAACCGCUAACCAUAAAUUAAAAGAGUUGAAUGGGCCUGACCUACAUGGGAUUUGGUCAUCAAGUAAAACAAAUGAACAUCAUGGGUUUGCCAUUCUAAAACAAGCUAUUUUCUCUGGCAUAAUAUAUAUUAUGCUAUUAUUUUAUAUCUUAGUGGCUAAAAUAUAAUGUAUUUUAAAAUUAUUCAAUGGUUCAACCUCGACCAACCCAAUUAGUCCAAUUUUUAUCAUUUCAAAUAUAUAUUUUAUAAUUAUUUGACAUCAUAAUGAUCAAAUUAUAGUGUAUUUUAUAGGGAAUCCUUUGGUAUUUGUUAGUAAAAAACUAAACAUAAAAAUCUAUUUGGUUAUUUUAAACAUUAAAAAGAUCCUCGACAUUUUCAGUUCUUUUUUAAUUUAUAUGGUUUUAUUCCCGAAUAAGUAUGUGCAAAUGGCGAAUUGUAGUCGUCUUUUUUCCUUCACUAUUUUUUUAUUUUCAAAUAGAAAGUUUAAAAGUAAAGAAUAAUUAGAAUUUGGCAUGGGUCGGUCAAACAGGUUGAAUUUCAAGUUUUGGCCCAUUUGUUUUAUGCAUUGCAAAUUUAUUAGCAUGUUGAUGGUAAUGGCUUGGAAAAAAGACAUAUAAGUUGUAUCUUUGCAGAAAUGUCCUCAAAUGUUUGAAUGCUUUGUGAAUCAGGUUCUGUGACUUUUGUGAUGGUGUAUGUGCUUGACGAUUGCUCGAUGUUGUAACUACUUAAUUUAAGAGUAAAUCUUUUGACUUUCCCUAUGAGUUGUGAUACCAAUUCUGGUGGUUGCAGCAUGUUGUCGUUGUUGGCCUGUAAAAGUUGUUCCGCCGUGAUGCUAAAUACCUUUCUUUCUUUUUUAACAAAUUGUGUAGUAGUGCUAUGAAACAGACCACCCAUGAACGCUACGCUUAUUAUGUUCUGUUCUUACUUCCGGUGGUGAGAAAUUGUGAAUUGAGAAUCAUAUUCGCCUACCGCACUGUGUCUGGUUGGUGGCUGCUUACUGUGCUCUCUAGAGUUAUGAAACAGACUACCCAUGAACUUUACCCUUAAGAGUCCACAACUUUGCGAAAAACCAAAUAUAGGCAAUCAAAGGUGGUGGAUGUGUGAUGAUUUUUUAUGGCUUAAUUGUUUGUGAAUUAGAUAUAUGAUCUUUGUAUGAUUAGAGGGGAUGUUUGCUUAAUAGAAUAAUCCAUUUUAAUUCAUGUUUAUUUUUAACAUGAACUUUAGUAACUCAAAACCUUUGAGACACAUAUCACCUACUGCAUUGUAUCAUUUUGCCUGGGUGCUUGCUGUGUUGUCAAACUUCUUUGCUGCUGAUGCAUUUACACUAACAGGGGAGUUAAGAACCCAUGAAUGUUUCUGUUUGACACAAACAAGAGGACUUACUUCUAAAUCAUGCACUAAAGAUGAUUGGAGGAAACAUCUCUGUUGCAGUUGAUACACUGGAGACCAUAACAAAAGCAACGUAUAACAUCAAAACCAACCAUCUGAACUAUUAGCAUUGUUGCUUUACUCUUUUUUCGUGGUUGAGUGUCCUUCAAAAAAUUUAGUUUGAUUUUAGAAAAUUUUGCUUCUGCAAUCCUGUCUUGCCACCAACGCGUUCAGUAGAUGGAGAUGGCAGAGGCGAAGGCUAUUUUGUGUUGUUGUUUCUGGUUUAGGGAUCGGUUUGUGAAGAAGAGGGAGAAGAGAGGGGGAAAGGGAAAUGCAUGAGAGGGGGAUAACUCUUUUCUCAGACAAAAAUGGAGUGAAGAAAGGAAUUAUGAUCAGUAAGGAUAUGGUUAUCUUACAUAACUGUGUCUAUUCUGUUUGAAUUGAGCUUGGGAGGUAGUGAUAAGGACGAGCUGCAACCAAUUCAUAGUGAUAAGAGUGCUAUGAACUGUGAUCAUGUCUUAUUUCAAGUUAGAAGGUAGUUUCAGUAUAAGGAUUAUUAAAUUUGACAAGUUGUUUCGUCCAUGAUUCUUGGUAGUUUCAGUGCCAUUCUAGCCAUUGUUUAGUCUGUAAUUUUUGAGAAUUGAUGUGCGAGUAAUGACUUUCACUUAGCUUCAACUAUUAUGUGUGUAUUUAUUGGCAUGUGAUAGAAUUCUCUUUUCCUUUUCUUUGAAUUCAGUUUCAUACUCUAAUUGUAUCAUUUGUACAUAGGCAAAUCAUGCUCGAGAUGACAACUCGCUGAUAUGGCUGGUGUAAGGAAUGAAGCCAUCAUUAAAAUUCAGACCGACAACGGGGAGGGAUGCCCAGGACUAAUUCAAUGAUGAUUGAUGAUGGUAUGAUAAAAACUGCAGUCUGCAUCAGCACCAAUUUCUAGGCCUAAGUAAAGUUAUUCAACCCAGAACUCUGCUUAGCGCUAAAAAUUGCCCUCACCCAACCUUUAUCCUAUUUGACCCACUUCUGAAGAGUCAAGAUAUAUUACUAAUUCUCUCCGUUCGUAUUUUCUUAUUGGCUCUUUCUGACCCUUUAGGUUGGGGCGGGUCGGGAAGAAUCGGAUUAGUGGGCCGGUCCUAAUCAAGUGGAAUCUCAAUCCCUUCACUCUCACUUGCUUUCUCUCCCAUUCCACAAGUGGGUAACAUACAGUAAUCCGGCCAACGGGCCGGGUAAUAAGCUAGUUGUUAUUCUUAUAGCGCAAAACAAAAGAAUGAUUCGAUUUAGUCAUUUUGCAAAGCAAUUAAAAUGGUAUUUUGCUACCACGACGUGCCCGGCCGGAAGAAGUUGCCGAAAUGAAUAAGAGCCGCAUGCAUCUCGCGUGAUUAAUAUGUUAACUACUACUACUACAAACCUCCUACUUCCUAGUUCUCUCCGCAACUAAAUUAAGCACGUGCAUAAAUGAGACCUUUUCAUUUCAUCAAUUUGUUUGGCCUUCUUCCGUUCUUCCCAUCGAAAACUAAAAGUAGCACGAUACUCCGGUCAAAAAAAAAAAAAAAAAGCAGGAGAGAGAGAGGCCCUCUUUAUUUGCAAGACCUAAUGAGCUAUUUAUGGACAAAAACUCGUGCUAUUGCAUUGAAUUUUACUAAUACCUCGAAAGUAUUUCAAUGUUUUCGGACACGUAGUAGUUAGCUGACGGAAUCGAGCCGUGUAAUACUUCCAAACCAGACAUAAAUAAUGACUGAUUUCAUAUCCGAUUUACACUCUCGCCAAAACUAUUUUUCGCUGUGAACUAAAAUAUCUCGGAGGGGAAGGGUCCCUUAUGUAUGUGGAUCACAAGUCACAAAUAGCUAUUGCUAGGCCAUACACGCCCACUAAUUUUGAAUUCGUGGUGGAACUUGGAACAUGUACGAAAAAUAUAUAUAUAACAAAAAUGUGCUAAUUAAUAACUUUGUAAUUGAAAAAAGAAAACCUACUAAUACCCAUUUACUGUGCAUGCAGAGACAUUUUACUGCACAUAUAGACUCAUAUGUACUGUUACGACUGGGAUGGGGCUCUGGUGUGGGUAGGUGCACGUGGGGGCUCUUUCGAUCGGAAUGGGAUUUCUAACGUUUAGUUCAGUUUUGAAGUUAGUUACCUUCUGGUCGGGUGCCAUCUAUGUGUCCCUCACGCGCGUAGAUCACUCGGCGGAUUGUUUUCGCCUCGAGUUCUGCGUCCCUCACCGACUACUUACCCUUUCAGAGAUUGCGCGGAGGCGACCUUCUUUUUCUACUGAUUUGACUUGACACUUGUGAGAAAAGGUUAAGAGUGGGGCUUCAAUUAGAGGAUUGCAGAGCCUGCCGAGGGAAGAAAGCUUGAGGAGAUGGGGGUGGCUCACAAAAAGAGAGAGGAGCAGGGAUAUUUUUCGUUCUUGCUUGGUGGAUUAAACGCCACGUUCUCCAUUCAUUGUGAUCCACUCAUUUCACCCAACUCAUCUGGCCUUAUCAGUUUGCUUGGAGGGUAGCUACUGCAAAACUGGAAAUUAAUCCACAUAAACCUCUUUCUCUUUCUCUUCUCUCUCUCCCUUCCUCUUCUUCCCUUCUCUCAACUCAUCGGUGCGACCAGAGGACCCUUUCCUUCUCUCCUCUUUCUUGUCGCACUCCGGCGACUAUGAUUGCCGCAAGAGUCUCCACAAAUCACAGGUCUCUCUCCCCUCCAUCCUUUCAAAGAGGAACCUGAGUAACGCUCGCUGGCCAUAAAUGCCUAUCAUGAUUGUUAGACUGGUUUGUGUAAGUUAGUUUGGGAUCAGGUUUAAUCAAUGCCGGGCUUUGUGGUUUUUGUUCAGAUUUAUCCUGCCAAGGUGAAGAAGUUGCUAUAGCCAGCCAAAGAGAGCAAUGCGCGCCUGCCUUCGUUUUCGAAGAAAAUGAAUGCGUUGAAACCCAGCAGUGGCCGUCCUUCCCUUCUUUAUAUGUACAACAUUCAUUCUCUUUGGUGUCGGAUCAUUAAUUUGUUCUCCUUCCAUCUCUUUUGCUUCUUUCGUUUCAGGGUGUGGAUAUACGUUCGUGAUCGUGAGUAACCACAACUAACGGCGAUGAGAACCACAACGGGCAGAGUCGACAGAGUAGUACCAACGACCGACUCUCACAGUAGCUCCUCCAUCUCCCACUUUUUUUAGUUUCCACUCAAUUUCCUCUUUAUGAUCCGUGACUUUUGAGGUGGACCCUAUGUUUCGGAAGUUGAUAAUGGAUGUGGGCCUUCAGCUCCAGAUCUUCUUCUCUCCUUUAUCCUGAUGCUAAUCUUCAAAUCUCCUAUGCGAUUCUCUGCUCCCGAUCUCAAUGCAAAUCCAUUCAUCUGUUGUUAUAUAUGUUCUGUGUGUCUCUAACUUUGAGAGUUUUUUGUUGCGCCAUUGUUGGGCAAUGAAGCGCUUGAAUUAAUUUAAUUAAGUCGUUGGGUUCCCAAUUGGGGUUUGGAGCUACCGAGUUAACCAAGUUUCAGAUCAUAUAAGCCGUUUUUAGUUCCAGGUAAGCUGACAUAUUGAUGAUGCCUUCCAUUCAGUACUUUAGAGAUAAUUUCCAUACUUAAUUUAAGAGUUGGAAUGUGUCCACAGUAGGUUGUCAUCGGGGACUUGGUUUCAAUUCGGCUUAAUGGUAUUGUUCCUCUCUUGUUGGUAUAUUCGUUGUCAUUUAUCUGCUCAAGUGGUCAAUUAUGGAAAUUUAAUCGCAGAUCCAUUCGCCUGUGUGGUCACAGUUUACUUUUGCAAAAUAUGCGGUUUCAUGAUUUAGUUGCUUUCUCUAUGAUUUCUAUGCAAUAAGCCCGCUUCCAGAACCAUGAUGGUAAGCUCUUGAAAUAAGUUAAGUUUCCUUCAUGUAUGUUGCUUCUGAGAUCAUACAAUCAGAAAUUCCUUUGUAUCUGCUGAGUUUUUGUCUUAGAUAUUGCUAACUAUCUCCUCUAUCCACUCUUUUUACUUCUCUUUUACUACCCUUUCUUAUGGUUUCAGCAACCUUUUGCAGCGCCAGUAGAUUGAAAAUUUGGAGGCUCUCUGCGACACUUCCUUCCUUUCCUUCUCCUCUCCACAGGCAUAGCCGUUGAUGUUGCACAGUCUAAUGAGAAUUUUCAUUUGUGGUGUUCAUUCUUGGUAGGCAUCUGUAUGCCUAAAAUAUUUAUUGGUCGUCGCCCUUAGCAUGAGUACAUUCUUAUUUGUUAUGUAAAUCCUGUCGUUAGAAAGCAGGUACUAAUAGUAUGGCCUGUGUAAUAGUUUGGUUUUGGCAGAGAUUGUACCUGCUUAUAGACUGCUGCUGAUAAUUAACUGCGUUCCUCAUUUUAAAUUUCAGUUAAACUCUUUGUAAUUUGGUAUGGUGUGGCCAGCUCAACUUUAUACAAUCGAUUAUUUGGCACCUUCAUAACUGCCUUGCUAGAACAUUGCUUGGAUACUUCUAUAAUUCUCAUAUGUGCUCAUGAAAGAAAAAAAAAGGUGUUCGGCCUUCUCCCCGAACUCUAUUGAAAAUGUAAGAAUUAAUUCAUGGUGUGACUUCAUUCUAAAUUACACUUGAAUGUACGUUCAAAUUGAAGAGUCUCAAUGCAUUCAAAAAGCGCGAUUCUACCUAAAAGUGGUUGGGUAACCUCUAAUGUAAAAUCAUAGGCUUUUAAGUUUUAAAAUGUAGAUUUUGACUACAUUUGUAAGGGAAAAUCACGAUUACGUAGAAGCAUUUUGGUGACUCAAAAAAGUAAAAGCGUAAGCUUUUAAGUUUUAAAAUACGAUUUUGACUGUAUUGGUCUCUCUAUGUUGUCGUGCUCACGGGGUGUGGCCCCUUCCCUACAACUUAAAGUCCCAAAAUUUCAAAUCAAAGUGACCAUUGUAAAUUAUGUGAUUUCGUUGUUCUGUUCUGCACGUUCUUUCCAUUUCAUGGUCAAAAUUGUUGGAUUUUGUUAUAUGUUUCCUUUUCCAGAACAAAAUAAGGAGUUGAGAGAUUGAAUCAACACAAGGGUUUCGUAGCUAACAUUCAAUGUAUUUUUUUCUUCCCAAAUCUAACAUUACCAUAUUUAGUUGGUGCUGAUUUGUUAUGCAUGCCAAGAGUUUAACUCUGGCCAUAAGGAUACUAAAACAAAUAAAGUGGAAACAUUAGAUGGGGACCACACAAACCCUAAAAUAUAUUGUUAUGACAAUUAUAGAAUGUGAGAAUUUCACGCAUUUAUCGUAAGUCCCAGCGCGGAGCGCGGGCAAUGGAAACUAGUACCAUUUAUUCGGAGCUACUUACUGAAUAUAUGAAUAGUAUUCUUUCCGUCUGGAACGUGACCAAGCCAGCCAGCUGCAGCCUGGAGGCCUUCCAACUUUAUUUUGCAACGAACUGAGUCGAUCCAACUACUCUUCUUUUUAUCAUAUUCUAUUCCCAUUAUACAUUUGCGGAAUAUGCUGUAAUAUCCCCUUCUCAUUCCUUCUAAAUAAACUACACAAACCGGAAAAAAGUCACGAUUAUCAUUAUCAAGUAUCAUCAACACACAUUCUCAGUGCACUAGGGAUUUGCCAUUUGUUUAAAAAUCUUCACUAGUUGUUAAUCCCUUGAGAAAAAAUAGAGUAUGAUUCAUAAAUAAUAAUGAUAUGUGCUUACUUUUUUCUUUUGUGUAAUUUUUUUUUUAUAGGUCUUAAUACGUUUACAUACCCGAUAGAUUCUUCUAAGGAUUCAUAUAUAUCCAAAUCUGUAUUUCUCAGUGAUUAUGUAAUACAUGAAAGUAACACGAUAAAUCAUAUUCAUGUAUCUGAAUCAAUACUUUGUUAUUUGUCUACGUACGUAGGAUUUGUUCUGUAUGGUGGUUUCAGAAUCACGCAACGAAAAAAAAGGUGCAUUGGAUGGGAUGCCGUAACAUUCAAGUUUUACCAAAAAAAGUAUCACUAUAAUAAUAAUAAUAAUAAUAAUAAUAAUUAUUAUUAUUAUUAUUAUUAUCACACAAAGGCCAAAGCAUGGUCCAAGAAAACUGUACCGUACCGACGGUUCAACCACGAAAUACCAGUAUCAGAGCCUAAAUUGGUAGGAGGUAUUUAAUGGUCUAACGGUUGAACUAUGGUUAAACCACGAUUUUAUCAUAAAAUAUCAUACCGCUAAAUUUUCCGAUACGAUAUCCGGUACGGUUUCAUGGAUGUUUCAAAGACAGCAGUGGGAACGUGGAGAGGAGACCAGCCCAAAUUCACAUGGGCCGAUUCAUACAAACUGGCUGAUGUCGUGUCGGGCUUGCUAGCCCAGAUUAUCUUAUCCAAGGGUCGCCGCAUUGUAAAGUCAUUAGUCGAAUUACCUAUGCCGAGACGCCUAAGCCCAUCAUCAAAGUCGUCUUAGAGUUUAACUUGGCGUGAGCCGAUAUAUAGUACAUAAUCCACAAGCCCAGCAAUCCUUCGUUAGCCCAAAUAGUUAAGGCCCAACAUAUCUAAGUACCAACGGGAAGGCCUAGUCCUAUGCUAUUGUUUCUCUUCUUGUUCUUUUGGCCUCACAUCACAAUCUGUGAGCACGUAGCAAAAAAUAUUGUGAAUCGUUGAAACGAAUGCUAUGUUAGGUCUAUCUUUCCCUUUUGUCACUAGAAUCAGCUGUAGUUUGAUCCAAAAAUGAUGAAUAAACAACGGAAAAGAACCAUAAGAUGCUUUUGAAUUCUAGCCCAAUCUUUAUAAAAUAAAUAAAAACCCUUUUAUUACAAUAUAUUACACACCCACACUUUUGAUCUAACCCAUUCCAAAAAAAGACAAGAAAUUUCCGCUACAUUAAUUUCUCUAAACCAAACCCGUAAUUUUUUUUAUUACCAAUAGAUCACUUGUAUUACCAAGGCAAAAAACUAGCAAUAUUUACAACCCAAAAGCAAACCAACGAUUAAAAUCAAAAGUAUCUACAACUGCAGGCAACAAAGAAAGGGUCUUCCUAGCCACCUCAUGGGUCACCCGACACCCGAUUGUUACUCCUGCCAAUAAAGGCCAUCUCCAAGCGCAGUUAAUGAUGUCGCAGUUUCCGGAUUUCUUCAAGAAUCCGUCCACCUUUCAUAUCCAGCGGCGGAUCCAGGACAUAAGAGAGCACUGGGCCGUAUUUGAAUAGAAUAUUAGAUACCAUAAACAAAAAUAUAGUUUUCAUUACAAGCCAAAUGUACAAGAAGGUCUUUUAAUUUAGAAAAUUCAUCAAUAAUAUAAUCUCCAUCCAUAGUGAUAAUAUACUCUUUUUCAAAGAAAAUAGCUAAGUAAUCAACGAGAAAUUCAUCACUCAUUUUGUUGCACAAAUCAAUGUUCAUGUUCCAUUGCUGAAAAUAUUGUCUUCAUGGUAGUUGUUGAAACGGCUAUGUCAACACUAGACAAAUCAAUUUGUAUUAUGUGUACAUCCAUAUUUCCUCCAGUUUCUCUAAUAAUUUUGCAAAAGAAGAAACUUCAUCUUCCUCACAUGAGUAGUGCAUUCUCCAAAGAAUGCAUCUCACAGCCUUCAAAGUUUCGAGGCUAAACUCUUGAGCAAGUUUGUAAAUAUUUUCUUCAUCAAAACACCAGAAAGAACGGUUAGAAUCUAGUGUCCCACUCAAUUGAGGCAAUCUAAAUGAUGACUCAGCAAGUUUGUAAAUAUUUUAUUAAUACAAAGAAUGGAAAGAAAAUCAACUCGACGGUUGGCAGAGAAAUCCAUUUUGGGUCUGCUCGUCUCCUCGUUCUUGUUUUGUUUUGGGGGGAUUGGGAAUUUUUUUGAAUUUUACAAGGAAGGGUGUGCUUUAGUUUAGAGUUAUUUUAUUUUAUUUUAAUGAAACUUUACACUUUUAGGUUUUCAUGUCAUUUUUCAAAUAAAAUCAUUGAGGCUAUAGAAAAUUUAGUAUAAAUUUAGAGUAAUGGUUUGGAUAUGUUCAUCUGAACCAUUUUCCUAGUUACACAAAAUCCUAUUAUCAAAUAAAACUAGACAGAAUUUUAAAUAGCACUGGGCCAAAUACCUAAAUCUAAAACUUUUAUAAGCACUAAACUAACUCUAGAUCCGGAGGAGGGCUGGGCCGGGGCCUGGGUUGGCCCAGCCCUGAAUCCGCCACUGUUCAUAUCCCGAGCAUCCCCCUUCCGAACUUUCUCAAUGGCGACCUUCGCAUCCCCGCAGAAUUGCACUUCAACUAGACCCUUCAAAGAGCACUAUUGAAUUGCAUCACGAAACGCCACCAAUUCCACAAGAAAUUGAUCCUCUAAACCUGCAUAAUGAAAACCUUGCACAAAACAAACCCUCCCCAACCCAUCAUAGACCACCAAAACCCCAGCCUCAUGCGACCCGGCCCAGGGAGGAUAGCACCAUCUACAUAGUAGCGAUAGUGCAUAGGAGCCUGAUGCUCUCUAUCCACACUAACCUGUCCACGCACCUGCCGCCCCCUGACCCUGACUACCACCCCCAGACUCGACCAGAGCCAACCACUCACGUACCUGCUCCUCACACGGCCUCACCAGAAUACUCACCCCAUGCUGGACAUGAUCAAACACCACCCAAUUCCAACUCCUCCAAAGUAAUGCCACGAAUCGAGGAGUACGUGAGUGGAUGGUAAUGAAUUAAAUAGAGGGAAUAAAUAAAAUAAUUAUUAAUUAAACAUAUAUUAGGAGUGUUUAAGGAUAAAUGAGGGGCAAUUAAGUCAUUUUACAACUCAUUUAACAGCCACUUAACAGAAAAUUAGACGGAAGGGUAUGUUUGUGCAAAAAUUUAGUAGAUGAGUACGUUUGUUAAUUUACCAUAAUAGAGGGGUACACAAUAU